UUUUCAAUCAUCGAUCAUAUUCAAUUAGCAAUGAAUGAUUAUAGCCUGAUGUUGCCAUUUGUAUAGAGUCACCCUGGAAGGUGAUCAGUAUAUGGAAUAACUGGGUUCCUUUUGUUACCUAUACAGGGUAUUGUCCUAAAUCAGCCUAGGUGGCCUUCCACCUACCCAUGUAUGCACAUGUCUCUAUGCUGAGAGCCCCAUUGACAUGCAGGUGUAAUUCAUUAACUGUCAGCUGUGCGCAGCCUAGCAUUGAGAACUCUCAGUUUCAGUAAGUAAAAAGGAGGCAAGGUACCAUCGCACCCGAGAAGAUGUCCAUACUCACGCUGUUAAGUCGGACUGCCUUGCGACCCGCCGUCUCCCUAAAGCCCUGGAGCUGGCUGGGGAUGAACCGUGGGGGGUGUCCUGGGACCUCGGUCUUGCAGAGCUGCAGGCUGCUGGGCACGCACCCAAAGAAAGAGCCUAUGGAGUCGCUCAACACGGCUCAUGGAGCCAGGGACUUCAUCUACAGCCUGCACCCCAGCGAGAGGACCUACCUGCUCAGAGAGCUGCACCGAUUCGAGUCCAUAGCUAUCGCACAAGAACAGCUAGAAGCUGAGCCACCAUCCUCCACGCAGAUGAAGCACGUGUUUAUCCACAAUGCAUUGCCGUUCGUGGGGUUUGGCUUCUUGGAUAACGCCAUCAUGAUUGCUGCGGGAACACAAAUAGAAUUCCAUAUCGGGGCCCUUUUAGGAAUUUCUACAAUGGCAGCUGCUGCUCUAGGAAACCUGGUUUCAGAUCUUGCAGGCCUUGGGCUGGCCGGUUAUGUGGAAGCAAUAUCCUCACGGUUGGGUUUGCCAAGCCCUGACUUGUCACCUAAGCAAGCAGAUAUGUGGCAGACGCGUGUUAGUGCACACUUGGGCAAAGCAAUAGGUGUGGCCAUCGGCUGCAUUUUAGGAAUGUUCCCCUUGUUCUUCUUAUCCGCGGAGGAUGAGGAGAAAGCCAAGAAGAAGAAAUAACCUUUUGUAUUGCUCUAAUACUGUACCUGAGCAGAGUCUGCAGCUGCCACAUCUACCGCCAUCGGAGAGGAAAAAUUACUACGAUUUCUACCCCGGGAACAAAACUCCAUGCAGCAUGAUCCCCGACUCCUUCAUGUACUCUUUUCUUAGUUUUCUACAGCGCACAACUGACAGACUCGACAUACGUCAUC